AUGGCCCCGGAGCGCAUCGGUUACAUCACCCGCGUCCAGAGCUUCAGCGCGUGUCAUCGGCUCCACAGCCCUGACCUGAGCGAUGAAGAGAAUAAGCAAGUCUAUGGGAAGUGCAACAACCCAAACGGACACGGACACAACUACAAAGUGGAGGUGACUGUGCGUGGGAAGAUCGAUGCUCUGACUGGAAUGGUGAUGAACCUGACCGAGCUCAAGAGAUGCAUUGAGGAGGUGAUCAUGAUUCCUCUGGACCAUAAAAACCUGGACCAGGACGUUCCAUACUUUGGCAAAGUGGUCAGUACCACAGAGAACGUGGCGGUGUACAUCUGGGACCACAUGCUCCAGCAGCUCCCUGAGGGCCUUCUGUACGAGAUCAAGAUCCACGAGACCGAUAAGAACAUCGUGGUUUAUCGCGGGGAGUGA